UGAUUGAUGCACCAAGCCAUGUAGAAGUAAACAAAGUCACAGACUCCACUGCUCACAUUACCUGGUUCAAGCCAGCUGCCCAAAUUGAAGGAAUUAGACUGUCCUAUGGGAUUCCAAAUAGCGAGAAGACAACUAUUGACCUUCCUGACACAGAGACAGCCUAUUCCAUCGCCGAACUUCACCCGGAUACCGAAUAUGAAGUCUCUCUGGUUUCCAAACGAGGGGACAUGAGAAGUGUUCCGGCUGUCAAUACAUUCACAACAGACCUUGAUGCUCCCAAAAACCUCAGAAAUGAGUCUCAAACAGAUGAAAGCAUCACCUUGGAGUGGGAGAACACCAGAGCUGCUGCCGAUAAUUACAAGGUUAAAUAUUCACCACUGGCAGGAGGAGAACAUAGGGAACUCACUGUCAAAAGGAGCAAUCAAUCAACUACUAAAUUUAAGAUUUCUG